AUGUAUCGCUUUGACGAAUCUACCAAGGUACCACGUUCCCUUCGAACUCAGAUGAGCAUGGACGACGAUAUGACAGUAGCUACCACCACACCCGGGUCGAGUUUUUCAUCAGUCGGCUCAGCGCAAAGCGCUCCCUCAAGUAUCGACGAUGAUCCCGAAUAUGUGCAGCAGACGGUCAAGGCCGCCAAGGAUGCAAACUCUGAGACCGCUCGGAAAUCGAGUAUAAAGAAACUCACCCAGGAGGAGACCAUCGAGUUGACUCGACGGACAGUGGAAAAUGGAAUCCAAGAUACGAAACGGUCGCUGGCCGGCAACGAGGCCGUGAGUGAUGUUGUGCGGCCGAAAUUGACGAUUGAUCUCGGCCAUUCACAUAUUGCGCAAAUCCCUGAGGAAGUCGUCGAUAUAAUCAAAGAUGAGGUGGAAAGGCUCUCUUUAUCUAAUAAUCAACUUCUUCGUAUUCCCUACCGUUUCGGAGAAUGCGCUCAUCUACGUUAUCUCAACAUUCGCGCCAAUAACUUUCGCGAAUUUCCAAAGGGGAUUUAUAAGUUGCCCUUGCUCGAGAUUUUAGACCUGAGCCGAAAUAAGAUCAGCAGGAUUCCAGAUGAAGUGCGACGGCUUACAUCACUGCGUGUGUUCUCUAUAAUGCAGAAUCGCUUGGAUGAUCUACCGUCAGGGCUUGCAGAUAUGAAUAAAUUACAGAUCCUCAAGGUGUCAGGAAAUUUCCUCAAAUAUCCUCUUAGGCGGGUUCUAGAAGACAAGGAGGGCGAAGUAGCAGCUCUGCCCAUGUCGACAAACGAGAAGGAAGUAUUGGUGACUGCAGAGUUGAAACGCUUCCUCAAGACCAGACGACAAAGCGCAACGCCGGAGCCAGAGAGCGGCAGCGAGGCGAGCGAACCGAUGAUUGACACUCCCAAACCUGUGAAACGCGGUGGCAAUAGUCGAUUUCCUGUGAUACCUAGCACCGGCGACGGUUCGUCAGACCCGCGAUCCCCAAACCUUUCAAGACCGCCGCCUAUCCCUCUGAGGUCUCACCAACGUUUAGCCUCAGGCCAGGCGUCUUUGCAACAGGGCUUCUCGAGAUCUGGAGUCGCCCCUGUUCCGGGAGUCAGCGAGCGAAACCGUAGCAACAGUGAAGGAAUAAUACCCCUGUCGGCGCGCAACAAGCGAAUGGGGCUGAUUUCACGCAGAACAGAGCUGUCGACGCUCGACGAAAUGCGGCCAUAUCGAAAUAGCCACUUGCGAGGUCUCAGUCACGGUUCCCUUCUUCGAACCAAUUCAGGUAGCGGGCGAAAUGGCAGCACCUCUUCCAGUCCUGGAAGUCCUCGCGACGAACGCAGACGAAUAAGGGACGGGCCAUCUCGGCGUAUGUCAAGCUUACCCGAGCAUAGAGAGGAGACAGCGCAUGCACCAAUCGUCAAAGGUGCCAAGGGGAUUUUAUUUUCCUUGUUUCAAAUUCACUCUCACAUGUCUACUUUGAUCAAUGUGAUCAAGGGAGACGACGCGCGACGGCACAGUUUGGAGAUAGUAUUCUACAAUGCGUCUACACAUGUGGAACAACUGAACGAGGCCUUAGAAAGCAUAGUCGACAUGGAUCCAGACAACCGAGAUUUUGCAAGACUCUCAAGCGACAUUAAGCGUGAAUGCGUGACGUGUUUGAUGGCAUAUACACAUGUAGGAGCGCAGCUUCGCCAAGGAACACAGAAAAUCGUUGAGCAAGGCGACCCACGAUAUGUUCGGUCGCUUAUGCUCAUGAUGUAUGGCAGUCUUCUGGAGCUACGCAAUGCUUGUAUUAGUCUCGGGGCAUCAUUAGCCACUCGAAAAGAAAAUGAUCCUGUGAGUGGCAGGCCUGUUAUCGAAUCCAGGGAGGAACCGGUGCCAAAUUCUCCCGACAACUUGCCUGCGUUUGCGGCAACUCCAACAAGAGAGCCUACUCAGCCAAUACGUCGGUUCAGAAGCGAUACUAUGAUUCAACAUCCUCAAAGCGGACCUUCAGCUCCGGUACCAUCCAGUGCAGUGUAUCAGACCUCUACUCUCUCUCCAGGCCAAACCACGCCGAGCGUUUUCGGCAGUCGAAGCCGAUCCAAUAGUCGGACUGCUGCAGUACUGAAUUCAUCAGGUGCAUCUUCUCUAACAACACCUCGUUCGGGAGAGGCGUUCCCACCUAUCCCAACGAUGCCUGCGAAUCGGAUCAAUCCAGUUACUGGACUGGAUGAGUUUGUAGAAGAGCAGAUAUUCGAGAAGAUUUUCAAGCAACUCACGUCGGCAUACAACGCGGCACUCCGCGCUCUACCCUCUGCCAGUCACCAAUUUUCUCGGUGUCUAGAAAUAGCGGAAACUACCAGAGAACCUGAAGAGAUCCGUAUCAUGUGGAAUAACCUCAUACGACGGUGCAAUGCAUGCUAUGAAAGCUCCGAAGCACUUGGACAGAAGCUAUUGACGAUGAAAGUCAAGGAGCCUGGAGGCGGAACAAGAAAUCAAAAGGACUUUUGGCAAUUGUGCAAAGUGUUUAUGCAGUCGUUUGUCGACCUAGUGACUGAUAUGCGAGAAGUGAGGAACAUGCAGCUCCUACCGCCAGACAUCAUCUCCAUCCUACGACCUGUUCAAAAGGCCAGCAGAGAGGCAGGGCGAUUGAUUGAAACGUCCCCUUGGUCUUAUUUUGCGAACUUGCCUGCUGCCCCAAGUAUCCCAUAUAUCUACGGUCCUCCAUUACAGACCAACACCACCGCUACCGUUACCACUACCACUACUGCCGCACCUUCUUCUACCAUCUCUACCACUCAACAUCACCACCCAUCCUCAUCGGCACCGUAUCUCAGUCACCAUACUGGAAGACUUACCAGCGUUUCCCCACAAUCAUCCGCUUUGCCUGCCACGCCUCUAAGUGCAGCAUUGGGACCCGCUGUCCAAGCAACCAUACCAUCUACGCCAGCAAAUGCCUACACCGACCGCUUCUUUGCAGGCGACGUCUUCCAACGAGCAGAUACGUUGCUAUCAAUGCAAAACCAGGCUCCGUAUCUCUAUCGCCGAUGA